GGCAAGCGUGGAGAACUGACACAGGUCGAGAUACUUGCUCCAAUACCAGCAGCGCUGAGAGUCAGGACGGUGAGGAGGCCGUGUGCGCCAACAAGGCAGCACCAACAUGAUGUACCUGCUGCUGAUCGGGGCCCAGGUCCUGCUGGGAUUGGAGCCACGCCGGUGCAGCCUCUGGGGGUUUCCUAUAUCGAUGAUCACGUGAAGAAGAAGGACUCCUCACUCUAUAUAGGAAUCCUUUUCUCUACUCUGGUGUUCGGACCUGCCUGUGGCUUCAUCCUCGGUUCCCUCUGCACUAAAUUCUAUGUGGACGCUAUCUUCAUUGACACCAGUAACUUAGGCGUCACUCCAGACGACCCUCGGUGGAUCGGGGCCUGGUGGGCGGGCUUCCUCCUCUGUGGCGCCUUGCUCUUCUGCUCAGCCCUCCUGAUGUUUGGCUUCCCUCAGUCGCUGCCGACAAAGGAGAGAGAGGAGGGAGCAGACAGCGAGCAGGUCAUGCUUCCUCCCUCUCUGAGCCCAGAGUAUGAGGCACCGAUAUCCUGCAAUGGAGCUGUGAUGAACCAUGAGCCUGCCAACAGCCCCACCUGCUGUCAGCAACUCAGGGUGAUCCCAAAGGUGACCAAGCACCUCCUGUCCAACCCAGUGUUCACCUGCAUCAUCCUGGCGGCCUGCAUGGAGAUCGCCGUCGUGGCUGGAUUUGCAGCUUUUCUGGGGAAGUACCUGGAGCAGCAGUUCAACCUCACCACCACCUCAGCAAACCAGCUGCUAGGCAUGACGGCCAUCCCGUGCGCCUGUCUGGGGAUCUUCAUGGGCGGUCUGCUGGUGAAGAAGCUCAACCUCUCGGCACUGGGAGCCAUCCGCAUGGCCAUGUUGGUCAACCUGAUCUCCACCGCCUGCUACGUCUCCUUCCUGUUCCUCGGCUGUGACACGGGUCCCGUCGCCGGAGUGACGGUCAAAUACGGCAACGAGACGUUAACGGCGGGAAAGAAGCCGGAGAGUCAGUGCAUCAGUCACUGCAACUGCGUCACCUCCUCCAUCAGCCCGGUGUGCGGCUCCAACGGCGUCACCUACCUGUCGGCCUGCUUCGCCGGCUGCAGCCCCGCAGGAUCCACUCAGACCUCGUCCAACUCCUCCAAGAACUCGAGGGGGUGUUCGUGUAUAACCAGUGCUGAAGGUGAACUCGGCACGGCGGUUCCAGGGAAGUGUCCGAUGCCCGGCUGCCAGGAGGCCUUCCUCAUCUUCCUGUGUGUGAUCUGUGCCUGCAGCCUGGUUGGAGCCAUGGCCCAGACGCCCUCCGUCAUCGUCCUAAUCAGGACUGUGAGCCCUGAACUGAAAUCAUACGCUCUCGGAGUGUUGUUCCUGCUGCUACGACUGCUUGGUUUCAUCCCCCCUCCUCUGAUCUUUGGUGCUGGGAUCGACUCUACUUGCCUUUUCUGGAGCACGGACUGUGGCGAUAAGGGCGCCUGCCUGCUGUACGACAACGUGGCGUACAGGCAUCUCUACGUGAGCCUGGCCAUCAUCCUGAAGGGCGUCGCCUUCCUCCUCUACACCACCACGUGGUAUUGCUUGCGGAGGAACUACAAGAAAUACAUCAAAGGCCACGAGGGACACCUGACGCCAACCGAGUUUUACCCGUCUCUGAACGACGGCCCCAAGCUGGUGGACAGAACAAAGUUUAUAUAUAACCUAGAGGACCACGAGUUUUGUGAAAAUAUGGAAUCCGUUUUAUAGUUUGUAAAAGAAAAAAUUACAAAAAAAGGACGAUGUGGACAUUUACAUUUCUCUAAAAGGAAUAUUUUAUGAUUUUAUUCUUUUUUCUUGAAAGGAAAAAAGUUUUUUGAUAAAGGCGGUCAGUUCAGGUCACUGGAGACGUCCUCGGUAAACUGCAUCGAAAGGGUCCAUUGUAGUCGUUUACGUUUGAGCGAGGUUUCGUCAAGUGUUGCCAGUGAAUUCCUGUGUUGACUCGGUGGUAGAAGACAACUACAGCACUGUGUGGCUCAGUCCUAGUCGUUUAUUAGCGAGCGGACGCGGCGCCGCUCCGACUAUAGAUGCCAUAUUUUUUUUUAGGUCUGUCAUGAUUCCAGUGAUCCGUGUGAAAAAUGACAGUUUCCUUUCAGUCAGCACUGUGUGUUCCGUCUGUCACUCUCAAAAAUGAGAUUUUUAUGGUUAUUUCAAUAACAAAAAAACAACAAAAAAAAGAGUUCAGGUGGUUCUUCGGUUAUUUAAAAGUUGCCAAGUGUUUACAGACUAAUAGUUGAUCAGUCGAUGCAUUUGAUUUCAAUGCAGGAAAAGAGAACAGAAACGCCCAGACCGGGUUAUUAUAGUGGCCUACUAGAUGUUCUAACUGUUCAGUUUCUUGUUCUCUUGCUGGAUCGUAGACACUGUUUUUUUGAUACUGCUUAGACUAGACUGUGAGGUCUCGUCUCAUAGGUGCAAACGUGCAAUUCAUAUCUGACUUGUCUGUGUUUAUUCCUAGUCAGACUGCAGCUUUGUUUAGGCUUUUUUUCAUUGCAGCAGUUUGUUUCAUUUCCACGUUCGUUUUUACGUCCGCAGAGUUUCUUCAGCCUAAUAUGUCUUAAUAAGGGAUUAAUUAAAUAAGAAUGUUAAUUAUAUUUUCUCACGGCUGUUGCACCUAGUGGAAGAGCAAAGAAGAAAAUCAAAAGUAAUAUUUUUCUGUGUUUCAGCGUUCGAGGUAAAAGAGGGGUAAUAUAUUUGUUUCGUUAGGCCCAGAAUGUUUUAAUAGGUUGUGUUUGAAAGGACAGUUUAAAUUAUAAAUAUAAUCUAAUUAUCUGGGAUGUGUGCGUCUGAUGUCACGGAACAUUUGGGACAGUUCGUAGCGAUGAAAGUGGGAUGUUGUGGAGCAAAGAGAAAAGAAACACAAUCCGUGUCUUGGAGCUCGGCCUGUAGUGUUCGACAUGAAGCUUCAGGGUCAAAGCGAACAGCACUGUAUUUCUUCGUGGAUCUGAACUCUUUAACGUGACUCGGCACACGCGACCCGUUACUCUACUGAUCUCUCUGCAGUUACAGUUUUGAUGUUGUCCCUUUUCUUACACUUUUUGUAUGGCAACAUAUGGUUUAUUUUACUCUGGAAAUAAAUUAUUUUUCAGAAAAAG